AUGGCGCCUAAAGGCCAGAAUCAGGAGAAGGCCAAGAAGGUGCAGGUGGAUAAGACCUUUGGCAUGAAAAACAAGAAGGGUGGUGCAGCUCAAAAAGAGAUAAACCGUAUCAAGAGUCAAGUUGCGGACGCGAAGACGCCGGAUCAGAAGAAAAAGGAGGCCGAGAAGGCGGCGCGUGAGAGGGAGAAGAAGGCAGCAGAGGAUGCGAAGAGAGAAGUGGCAGAACUAUUCAAACCUGUACAGACUCAGAAAGUUCCAUUCGGCGUGGACCCAAAGACAAUAUUAUGUCAAUUUUAUAAGAAGGGUCACUGCGAGAAGGGUAAGCGCUGUAAGUUUUCACAUGACCUCGCUAUUGAGCGAAAAGGCGAGAAAAAGUCGCUAUAUACAGACACUCGUCAGGAGGAAGAGGAUGAGGAGAAAAAGAAGGAUGAUAUGGCCACCUGGGACGAAGAGAAACUGCGGAACGUCGUUCUGUCCAAGCAUGGGAACCCCAAAACGACGACUGAAAAGGUCUGCAAGUUCUUUAUCGAGGCUGUGGAGAACGGCAAAUAUGGUUGGUUUUGGACGUGUCCGAAUGGUGGCGACAAGUGCAUGUACAAGCAUUCACUACCACCUGGGUUCGUACUAAAGACGAAGGAGCAACGUGCUGCUGAGAAGGCUCUAAUGGACAAGUCGCCAAUGGCCACUCUCACGCUCGAGGACUUCCUAGAGUCUGAACGACAUAAGCUUACUGGUACCUUGACACCUGUCACAGAAGAGUCGUUCGCCGUGUGGAAGAAGAAUCGUCUCGACAAGAAGGCCGCCGAGGAGCAGGCCGCCGCGAUGAAGGAGGCAACGGGCAGAGCCUUGUUCGAGCGUGGUGAUUGGGACGCCAGUGGGGAUGAAGAUGACGAUGAUAAUGAGAACACAGGUGCUUGGAACCUUGAGGCGCUUCGAAGAGAGACUGAGGCAGCCAGAGCGAAGAAGGAGGAGGAGCGCUUGGCGAGAGAAAUGGGAGUCAGUAUUGAAGAGUACCAGGAGAUCAAUGGCACCACCGAAGAAGGGGGUGCAAGCGUCAACGAGGGAAGUUUGCAAGGCGGUAGCGUUAGCGGUGGUGAUGGUGGUGGCGGUGGCGGCGACGGCAGUUCAUGA